ACGACGACUCCAACCGCUCCUCACAGCGACCCACAGAUCACAUCUCACUCCAAACGCGCAGCUCCCAUCUCCACGGUUCGAUUUCCCAUGCUGUGGAUUUCUUGAUGUCUCUGGAAAGGGGUAUGGGGAUUCUUGUUCGAUCGUUAUCCGGAUCCAAGUCGCGGAUUUCUCUAUUAAAAUUCGGAUUUUGAAUCUCGUGCUUCGUUAAGGUGUUGAAAGGAGCAGAUUUGGGGAUUCGGCGAGGAGACCGGUCGGGGGCGUUGACGUCCUUUUAGGCGUUGCACUUGUAAACGAUUGGAUUUGGGGUUUUGAGAUGCAAGUUGUCGAUAUUUUGGACGAAGUUUGAGAUUUUGGGAGUGGGAGUUGUCCCAGAUCUGAAGGGCCGGGACUGAGCUGUGAGGAAUUUCAUGGAUAAAAUUUGCUGCUUUCUUGCAGGUCCGUCAUUAACUGUUGGUAAAGGUAAGAACUCAAAAGGUCAAACCAGGAUUAGCUAUGGUUUUAGUCUACUAAAAGGAUCAGCGGAUCAUCCUAUAGAGGAUUAUCAUGUGGCCAAAUUCAUAUGUAUGAGAGAUCAAGAACUGGGUCUAUUUGCUGUUUUUGACGGGCAUUUAGGAGAUAGUGUUCCAGCCUACUUACAGAAGCAUUUAUUUACUAAUAUUUUGGAGGAGGAUGAAUUUUGGACCCAUCCUGAGACAGCCAUCAGAAGGGCCUAUGAAAAGACUGACAUUGAGAUACUUUCUCAUAGUCGUGAUUUGGGGAGAGGUGGAUCCACUGCAGUCACUGCAAUCCUUGUAAAUGGCACCAAAUUAUGGGUAGCCAAUGUUGGUGAUUCACGAGCUGUUCUUGCAAAGCGCGGAGAGAUUAUCCAAAUGUCAACAGAUCAUGAGCCAAAUUCUGAACGAGAGAGUAUUGAAACAAGGGGUGGUUUUGUUACUAAUAUGCCAGGAGACUGUGCCAGAGUUAACGGGCAACUAGCCGUUUCACGGGCUUUUGGGGACAAGAACCUCAAAACACUUAUAAGAUCAUAUCCUGAUGUACAAGUUCAAGAUACAAACUCUGAAACAGAGCUGCUCAUCCUCGCUAGUGAUGGCCUCUGGAAGGUUAUGAGCAAUGAAGAGGCUGUUGAUCUCGCCAGAAGAAUCAAGAAUCCACUGGCAGCAGCUAGGCGGUUGACUUUGGAAUCCUUCCACAGAGGAAGUAAAGAUGACAUAUCAUGCAUUGUUAUUCGAUUCAAGUGAUAGACUUCACUCAAACAUGGAAGAAGAUGGUUAUAUAAUGGUUGAAUUUGUUAAAAAAAAAGAAGAGAAAUUGUACAACUACUCGCAAUAAGGUCCAAGUUUCUUAAGGCUCAGCUGCUCGUUGUGAAAGUUGUAUACCCUUAUAUGCUCUCGACCAUAUAUUGCUGUAUAUAAAUGUUGGUUUUCUGUAAAUUUCUGAUACAAAUCAAGAACUCCCUGUAAGUGAACUCCCUUUGGUAAAUCCUUUGAAGUUUUCAGAUGAUCAA